GUAUGUUAUACAGUAAACUGAUUGAUUUACCAAGCCGCAUGGCAGCCUGUGGAUCUAGAGAGAUGCUAAUAUUUGUUAAUUUACAAUUAAAAGUUGCAUAUUAAUUGUUUACCAGUUGUGGGAUUAUUAUUAACAAGUGGGAUUAUGCAGUAUAACGUAGGCCAGGUGGUUAGGUCAUGUAGGCCUCUGCUAAUACUCUCAUCUGCUUGUAGUCUCCCAGCACUGAGAGAGAAGAUUAAAAUCAAUCUGCUUAACUAUUCACAAGGUCUAGAUUCUAGGUGUGUAGCAACCCUAAGGAGCACUCGGUAGAAUAUGCGGUGUUACGCUUUAUGUAUUGGGUAUCGCUCUACGGUGCAAGUGUUCCUCUGAGGUAAGUGCUAUGUCAUUCUGGGCUAUAGCCAUGCUUUGGGAUUUAUUCAAUGUAUAUUUAAUUCGUAAUGUGGUAGCCAUAACAUUGAACAAUAGUUGUUCCUGACCGAGAUUAAAGUUAAUUUUGUUACAUGUACCGGGAAUGUGCGAUAUUCAGUGUAGUGACUUUAACCAUGAAUAGUGCUGAGAGGACGUUUAGAGCAAUAGAAAGGUCUAUUCUUGUUAUGCUGACCAUGUGAAGUGUCUUGAGCUCAUUGACCUCAUUACAGAGCUUUUGCUAGUAUGGCGCACUCACAGGACGAAUGGACGGACACAGGACUUCAUCCACAAAAUCUAGCUUUCCAAAUACAAAUCAUUUUUUAAGUCAUAAAUGUUUUUCUAGAACUUGAGGUAGCUUCAUUAAGCUCGUAAGAGUAAUGUGGACUGGUUGAAUACAGGUUUGUUGGCCGGUGGCAGCCCCUGAGGGGGUAGAAAAAGACGUACCAUGGGGGCAGGAAGAGAGGUCAAACUCCUGCUGUGGAAGAACUGGACCAUCCGCAGGAGGCAGAGGAUGCGUUUCUUCAUGGAGAUUAUGUGGCCUGUUAUGCUCUUCAUGGGGCUAGUGUGGCUAAGACGAGUGAAUCCACUCUACCGUCAACAUGAAUGCCACUUCCCCAACAAGGCCAUGCCCUCCACAGGUGUCCUGCCAUGGAUCCAGGGAAUCUUCUGUAAUGCCAACAACCCUUGUUUUCAAUACCCCACUCGGGGUGAAUCUCCCGGCCUGGUGUCCAACUACAACAACUCCAUAUUGGCUCGUUUCUACGCGGAUGCCCAGGAGCUUCUUUUUAGUGACCCAGAGUUUCGGCAGCUCGGGCGCCUCUGGAAAGAACUGAAUGCUAUGAGUAACUUCAUGGACACCCUGCGCACCCAUCCUGAACAGAUCUCAGGCCGAGGAGUAAAGGUGGAGACUAUCCUGAAGGACGAUGAGACUCUGACAUCAUUCCUGCUUCGAGACAUUCCUCUGACAGAGUCUGUAGUGUAUCAGCUAGUCAAUGCCCAAAUCAGGCCUGAACAGUUUGUCUUUGGGGUUCCAGCCUUGCAUUUAAAGGACAUUGCCUGCAGCCUGACCCUGCUGGAGCGAUUCCUCCUCUUCCCCAGCCGCCGAGGGCUCUACGCUGUUCGCAAUGCCAUGUGCAUCCUUACCCCUCAACGGCUACAGAUCAUUGAGGACAAAUUCUAUGCUAAUGUUGACUUUUUCAAGCUCUUCAGACUGCUUCCUCUUGUGCUGGAUAAUCACUCUGAAGGCAUUGAAAUUCAAAUCUGGGUACAGGUCGUCUCUGCUGUCUCGGACAAACUGCGAGAGUUGUACCAGAGGAAUAGCUCUAGGGAGCUUCUCCAGGUCAUGACUCCUCUCUUCCAGAACAGUCUGUCCUUCAGGGAGGUGAUGGCCACUGCCUCCAGCCUGGUAUGUGGCUACACUGAGGGCGCUUUCUCCCGAGUCACCUCCUUUAACUGGUACGAGGACAAUAACUACAAAGCUUUCAUGGGCAUCAGCAGCCACAGGGCACAGGGCAACUACACAUACGACAACAGCACCACUCCUUUCUGCAAUGAUCUGAUGAAAGAGCUGGAGUCCAACCCUGCCACCAAGAUUGUGUGGAACUCUGUCAAGCCGAUGCUGAUGGGACGGAUCCUCUACGCUCCUGACUCGCAGGCUGUCCGGCAGAUCAUACGAAAUGCAAACACAACAUUUGAGGAGCUGGAGAGGCUGAGGACGAUGGGGAAGGCCUGGGAAGAAGUGGCUCCUCAGAUCUGGGCUUUUUUCCAAGAUGGAGUCCAAAUCAACAUGAUCCGGGACACUAUCCGCAAUCCAUCUGUGAUGGAUUUUAUUGACAGGAGUCUAGAGGAGGCCCUGUUCUCCUCCAAACACAUCCUCAACUUCCUGUACAAUGGCUCACCAGAGGACCGUCCGGCCGACGUGCCUGAUUUUGACUGGCAAGACAUCUUCAACCUCACUGACCGGUUCAUUCGGAUGCUCAACCAAUAUGGGGAUUGUGUGCUCCUGGAUAAGUUUGUGGCUGUGCCUGACGAAGACACCGUCACUUAUUGGGCCUUGGACUUGUUGAAGGACAGCAAGUUCUGGGCAGGUCUUGUCUUUGUAAAUAUGCACCCUUGGACCACCAAUGUCCCACCUCAUGUUAAGUUCAAGAUCCGUAUGGAUAUUGAUGCAGUGGAGCGCACCAAUAAGGUCAAAGACAGGUAUUGGGAUCCUGGCCCCAGAGCUGAUCCUAUGGAUGACUUCCGCUAUGUUUGGGGCGGCUUUGCUUACCUCCAGGACAUAAUAGAACAUGGGAUCAUCAAGACUCAGACGGGAAAGGAGUGGCCACUAGGUGUUUACCUACAGCAGAUGCCCUACCCUUGUUAUGUCGAUGAUCUCUUCAUGCUGACAUUGAACCGCUGUUUCCCCAUCUUUAUGGUACUGGCCUGGGUCUACUCUGUGUCCAUGAUUGUCAAGAGUAUUGUCCUGGAGAAGGAACUCCGGCUGAAGGAGACCAUGAAGGCCAUGGGGGUCACCAACAGCGUCAUCUGGUCCACCUGGUUUAUUGACAGCUUCCUUAUGAUGGGAACUAGCACUGCUCUCCUCACCGCCAUCAUCAUGGGAGGAAGGGUACUAAACUACAGCAACGGCGUCAUCCUCUUCCUUUUUUUGCUCACCUUCACCACGGCUACCAUCAUGCAAUGCUUCCUCCUCAGUGUCUUCUUCAACCAGGCCAACCUAGCAGCUGCCUGCUGCGGCAUCAUUUACUUUGCACUUUACCUCCCGCACGUCUUCUGCUUCGCCUGGCAAGACCACAUCACCAAGGACAUGAAGAUCUUGGUGAGUCUGUUGUCCCAAGUGGCGUUUGGCUUUGGGACGGAGUACCUGUCACGGUACGAAGAGCAGGGCCUUGGUCUGCAGUGGGACAACAUCCAGACCAGCCCUCUAGAGGGGGACGAGUUCUCCUUUCUCACCUCCAUCUGCAUGAUGGGCCUGGAUACUGUGCUGUAUGCUGUGCUGGCCUGGUACAUGGACAAUGUCUUCCCUGGCCAGUAUGGAAUUGGUCGACCAUUUUAUUUCCCCCUCCUGCCCUGUUAUUGGCUCAACAGUGUGGCUCCUGCUUCAGACAACAGCAAACUGGAGAUGAAUAAAAAAGGCUUUGAUAACCUGACAAACAAAAAACAAGGAGAGCAGCAGAAGCAAGAGGUGGAAAACCAAGAUCAGGAAAAAGACCGAGAGAAACCCAAGACUCUGGAAGAGACAGUGUCAUGUGAUCACCAGGAUCAGGGUGAGAGGCUGGUGGAGAACCAGGCUGAGGAGAACCAGAUCAAAGACGGUCAGCCAUUCUUUGAAGCAGAGCCAGCUGACCUGGUGAAGGGUGUCUGUAUCCAGAACCUGGUCAAGGUGUUCGGCAGUAGCUCCACACCAGCCGUGGAUGGCCUUAGCAUCAGCUUUUAUGAGAGCCAGAUUACUGCCAUUCUGGGCCAAAAUGGUGCUGGGAAGACCACCACCAUGUCCAUCUUGACCGGUAUGUUCCCUCCCACCUUAGGGACAGCCACCAUCUAUGGCAAGGACAUCCGCACAGACAUGGACAACAUCCGUCUGUCUCUAGGAAUGUGCCCUCAAUACAACAUCCUUUUUCAGCAUAUGACUGUAGCAGAACAUAUCCUCUUCUACUCGCUGUUGAAAGGCCGUCCAAUAGCAGAGGCCCAGGAGGAAGUGGAGAACAUGCUGCAGGAUCUGGGUCUUCCCCACAAGAGAGAUGAACUGACCCAGAACCUCUCAGGGGGCAUGCAGAGGAAGUUAUCUGUUGCCUUGGCAUUUGUUGGUGGGGCCAAGGUGGUGAUCCUGGAUGAGCCCACUUCAGGGGUGGACCCCUACUCCAGGCGCUCCAUUUGGGACCUGCUGCUCAAAUACCGUGCAGGGCGCACAGUGAUCAUGUCCACCCACCACAUGGAUGAAGCUGACAUGCUCAGUGACAGGGUGGCUAUCAUGUCUCAGGGCCGCCUCUACUGCUGCGGUUCCCCCAUCUUUCUCAAGAACUGUUUUGGCGCUGGCUUCUACCUCACUCUUGUACGACGAAUAAAAGACAAUACUCCAAAGGCCAGCUGUGAUUGUACAGAUGAUUGCUCCUGUACAUGUUCAAAGUGUUCAAAGUUUAAAGUGGACCAGGAAGAGAGCCAGCCUCAAGACAGACAGAUGGAUGGUAACAUGGAAAACAUCACAGCCCUGAUCCACCAUCACGUGCCAGAGGCUCGUCUCAUCGAGGCCAUUGGCCAGGAGCUGACCUACUUGCUGCCAAACCGAAACUUCCAGCCCAGGGCCUACGCUAGCCUCUUCAGGGAGCUGGAGGAAACCCUGGUGGACAUUGGCCUCAGCAGCUUUGGUGUGUCUGACACAUCGCUGGAGGAGAUUUUCCUAAAGGUCACUGGUAAUGGGAAUGCAACUAACAGGAAAUGUAUACCAGAGACAGAUGGGGCUUUGCACACCAAUGGCCAGGGCCCGUGUGAUGUCCCAGAAGGUACUGCAGGCAGGGGAUCCCACCAGGUCAGAGGCCUGUGUCUCACCAUCAAACAGUUCUUUGCUCUGCUGAUCAAGAGGUUGCAUCACGCAACACGCUCCUACAAAGACUUCUUUGCCCAGAUUGUGCUACCAGCCAGUUUUGUUUUCCUGGCACUGACCUUCACGCUGAUCGUUCCACCUUUCGGAGAGUAUCAAAGUCUGACUCUCAGUCCCUGGAUGUAUGGGAGACAGUAUACCUUCUUCAGUAAUGAGCGUCCUACGGAUGCUCAGAUGAGAUACUUUGGUGAGGUGCUGUUGAACAAGCCUGGCUUUGGAACACGUUGCUUGGCGGAUGAACCACUGGAAGAUUUCCCAUGUAACAACAUCACCACGGAGUGGGAGAUGCCCCUGGUAAAUCCUGUCCUAAUAGAUAUGCUGGCCAGCCCAAAAUGGAACUUCCUCCGACCAUCUCCAAACUGUCAGUGCAGCACACCCAGGAAACUCACCAUGCUCCCCGUGUGUCCUGCAGGAGCUGGAGGCCUGCCACCUCCACAGAGGAUCCAGUCAACAGGAGAUGUUCUCAUGGACCUAACGGGCAGAAACAUCUCUGACUACCUGGUGAAGACCUACCCCAGCCUCAUCAGAACCAGCUUGAAGAGCAAAUAUUGGGUGAACGAACAAAGGUAUGGAGGUAUAUCAGUGGGAGGACGCCUUCCUGUUUUAGAGCUGCAGCCAAAGACCAUCCAGGAUCUAGCAGCACAGCUCGGACGACUGCUCAAUGUUACUGGGGGCAAUUACUCCAAACAAACGCUGAAGGACAUAGGGGCAUUCCUCCAGUACAUGGAGACUCAAGACAGUGUCAAGGUUUGGUACAACAAUAAGGGCUGGCAUGCCAUGGUUUCUUUCAUGAACGUGGCCAACAACGCCAUCCUCCGUACAAACCUGCCCAAAGGAGCUAACCUGGACGAAUAUGGAAUCACUGCCAUCAACCACCCUCUCAACCUCACCAAGGAGCAGCUCUCUGAGAUCACUGUCCUGACCACCUCAGUGGAUGCAGUGGUGGCCAUCUGUGUCAUCUUUGCCAUGUCCUUCGUUCCAGCCAGCUUUGUCCUCUAUUUAAUUCAGGAGAGGGUCACCCAGGCCAAACACCUGCAGUUUGUCAGUGGUGUCAGUCCAUUGGUUUACUGGAUGGCCAACUUUCUCUGGGACAUGUUGAAUUACUCCAUCAGUGCAGCGAUGGUGGUGGAAAUAUUCAUCUUUUUUGAUAAGAAGUGCUACACCUCUCCAACCAACCUCCAACCACUUAUUUCCCUGCUUAUGCUUUAUGGAUGGUCUGUGACACCCAUGAUGUACCCCAUGUCCUUCAUAUUCAGUGUCCCCAGCACAGCCUACGUCUCUUUGUCAUGUAUCAACCUCUUCAUUGGCAUCAACAGCAGUGCCCUCACCUUCAUCCUGGACCUUUUUGAGAGCACCACAGCUCUGUACAAGUUGAACCAGCUGUUAAAGGCUGUGCUGCUCAUCUUCCCCCAUUACUGCCUGGGCCGAGGUCUCAUAGACAUGGCCAUGAACCAGGCUGUUACUGAUAUCUACGCUCGUUUUGGUGAGGACUACAGUCCAGACCCCUAUAACUGGAACUUUAUUGGGAAGAACCUAUUUUGCAUGGCUGUUGAGGGAUUUGUCUAUUUCAUCCUAAACAUUUUGUUCCAGUAUCGCUUCUUCAUGGAUCACUGGAUAUCAGAUCGCCCAAAGCCUCCUAUUGUGGACGAAGAUGUAGAUGUGGCAGAGGAAAGAGAGCGACUCCAUAGGAGUGAAAAAACAAAUGACAUUUUACGCAUUCGAGACCUAUCCAAGACAUACAUAGGAACAAUCAUCCCUGCAGUGGACCAAAUCUGUGUUGCAGUAUCACCUGGAGAGUGUUUUGGUCUACUUGGGGUGAAUGGAGCAGGGAAGACCACAACAUUUAAAAUGUUGACUGGAGACAUUGAUGUCACCUCAGGAGCCGCAUCAGUUGCUGGUCACAGCAUUUUAUCCAACAUCCUGGAUGUCCACCAGAACAUGGGAUACUGCCCACAGUUUGAUGCCAUAGAUGAGCUGCUGACAGGUAGAGAACAUCUGCACCUCUACGCCCGCCUCCGUGGAGUUCCUGAGUCGGAGAUCAGCCAGGUUGCAGAGUGGGCCAUCCGGAAGCUGGGUCUGUCAGAGUAUGUAGGCCAAAGUGCUGGAACCUACAGUGGAGGCAACAGGAGGAAACUCUCCACAGCCAUCGCCAUGAUAGGCUGCCCUGCACUGGUGCUGCUGGAUGAGCCCACAACAGGUAUGGACCCUCUGUCCAGACGCUUUCUGUGGAACUCUAUCAUGAGUGUUAUCCAGGAUAGGCGAGCUGUGGUUCUCACCUCACACAGUAUGGAGGAAUGUGAGGCGCUGUGUACCCGCUUAGCAAUUAUGGUUAAUGGAUCCUUUAAGUGUUUGGGAAGCAUUCAGCACCUUAAGUACAAGUUUGGUGAUGGCUACGUGGUGACCAUGAAGAUCAGGGCAGCUAAGCCCGGGUGUGCUCCAGAUCUGAACCCUGCCGAAGCCUUCAUGGAGAGCACCUUCCCUGGCUGCAUCCAGAGAGAGAAACACUACAACACUCUACAGUACAAGAUCUCCUCCUCCUCCCUCGGGAGGGUCUUUCAAAUGGUCCUUGCUAACAAAGACAAACUCAAGAUAGAGGACUACUCAGUGUCACAAACCACCCUUGACCAGGUUUUUGUGAAUUUUGCCAAGCAACAGUCAAGAGAGGAUGACACCAUUGUCUUGCAUCCAAAAGCUGCUGGAGCACAGCGAUAUAUUGAAGCCACACCCUUCAAGUCUUUGGAGAAGUGAACGUAUCUCAAUGAGCCCAAUUGGAAGACUUUCUUUGGUUUUCAAUUCAUUUUAGAAGCCGCUCUGUUGAAAGAAUGCGCCCUACGCGGUAUGUAUGUGUGCUUCCAAGGACUGAAAGUUAGUUGGCAAAACUUUCUCCUCAAAUGAAACAAAGUAGAAGAUUCUCUACAGUGUCAUCAUGAUGUCCUGCCUGGUAGAGACAAGCGACUGGUGCAUGAUCAGUUUGGGGAUCCUAAAAACCCAGAGGAUGAACAGGUUUUCUUAUCUGCAUUUGGACGAGCCUUUGGAAUGGGCCAGUCUUUGUUGAUCUAUUGUGUGGUGUUAGGCCUUGAAAGGCAGUCUGUGAAUGAGGCAGCAAAUGGGACAUGACACAUGUCAUGUCUGACUGAUGAUUCGACAUGUGGCUCUACUUUUCUAGUAACUGGAGUUAGUGGGCUUUGAAUUUAGAAAGUGUGGAGCAUUUGUGUGCCUGCUAUAUGUUCCACGUUCUGCUCACCUUGUAGGCCUUGCAAACUAAAUGAAACAGCUUGAGAUUUAUGACCAUGACUUUGAUUGAUGACAUCUCAUAAAAGUUAAGAAGGCAUAGGUCCUGUGUGUUUUUUGCUUUCAGUUGCCAAGCAAGAUAAUUUUUGCCUUCUGUAGAUGGGUGUAAUAAGCACUCAGAGAAGCAUAGUCAAAGCACUUUAUUGAGGCAGCUUUAGCUGAAGCUUCAUAAUUCUUACAAAGAUGUUCUGCUAGUGCAAUACAACUAAUGAUUUUUACAAAGUCCUCCUGCUAUGCAAUCAUUUUGAUAUUGUGUGAUAUUUUCUUGCCAAUGUCUUUUCAGUCAAUGCCCUUUAUUAUAUAUAUGUUCAACUUUGAUCUGCAUUCCACCAACACCUGGUGUCAUUGCACAAAAGUGAUGUUUCUGAGAGGGGCAUCACGUCAAAUAAAGUAACAUUUUUCCGGACGAUG